AUGAUACUGAUUCCCCAAGUCCCCCUCGGCGAGAGCGUACCGCCCAACACAAAGUAUGCCGUGUCCGUAUCACUUCCGACAUGGGAGGACAAUGUCGACUACGAGAAGGGUGACCCUCGCGUUGUGAACCGCAUGGUCAGUGGAUACCCACGCUUCUUUAUCGCCAUGCCCAUCCAGGCACUAGUAGCCAAUGUCAAGGACCGCUUCGCACUGCCCAACGAGACUGCAAUGCUGUUCCCCUCCCAGGCAUGCGCAGACCGCUGUGUACAGUUCAUCUACGACCAGGCACCCAAGCAGCAGGGCGCCAAUUCCUACGCGCUGCCACACCAAGGCCAGGUCCGGGUUGUCCAGCAUGUCGUGGAGCCAAUUAACAAACAGGCCGCGGCACUUGACACCAUGGGCUCGGUAUUGAAGAGCGCAGUCACCAUCUACUGCGUGCUUUUCCCCGAAGACUUGUUCCCGCUGGCCAAGCAGUACUGGCAGCACACAGGCGACGGAAUCUCGGCGCGCUUGGCCGACUAUUGCUUGAACAUUGCGCGGAUUAACGAAGAGUAUGAGUCGGCGACCAGCCCGUACACCGCAGUGAACGGAGCGAGCGCAGCGCGCCGCGGCAGCAAGAGCGGAUACAGCCGUGGGUCGGUAGCACAGGGCCUGCCAUCAGUUGACGCUGCCCUCGAGGCCGACACCUACCUGGAGGAGCGCUUUGGGCGCAACUUUGACCUCAAGUAUGCGGCGGAGAUGAAGGAGGCACUGCGGCGCCGCAUUGCUGAUGCCAUGGGCGAGCAUUCGCGUGCAGAUGGCGCGGACGCAGGCGCCAGCAAGGCGGUGGGAUUGAGCUCUGACGAUGUCUACAUUGUGGCGACGGGGAUGAGCGCUGUGUUCCACUCCCACCAGGCGCUGCUGAAGGUACGCCAGGGAAAGAGCAUCUGCUUUGGAUUCCCGUAUACUGAUACGCUCAAGAUUUUGCAAAAGUUUGGUCCUGGCGCAUACUUCCUGGGCCAUGGCGAGGGCGACGAUUACCUGGAGCUCGAGCAGAUCCUGGAGCGCCAUCACCAGGAAAACGACCCAAUUCUGGCCAUCUUUACCGAAUGUCCGAGCAACCCGCUGCUGAAGACUGCAGAUUUGCCGCGCCUGCGCGCUCUGGCCAACAAGUAUAACGCAGCACUGGUGGUCGACGAGACGCUGGGCAGCAUCGCCAAUGUCGACGCGCUGAGCUGGGCCGACGCUGUGGUCUCAAGCCUGACUAAGGUGUUCAGCGGCGACAGCAACGUCAUGGCUGGCAGCAUUGUGCUGAACCCGGGCCAGCCGUUCUACGGCUCUCUGAAGGCAUCGUUCGGCGCGCUGUAUGAGGAUCUUCUGUGGUGCGAGGAUGCCAUUUUCCUGGAGCGCAACUCGCGUGACUUUAUGUAUCGCGUUUCUAGGAUCAACGACAACGCGCUGGCCGUGGUUGAGCUUUUGCGCGCCAGCGACAAGGUCGACCAGGUGAACUACCCCAAGUACACGACCCCCGAGUGCUAUGCCAGGAUCCAGCGCUCUGGGCCCGACGCUGGCUUUGGCGGCCUGCUGUCGGUCGUGUUCCACGGUGGCGAGGAAGCUUCGAAGGCGUUCUACAAUCACCUGCUCUGCUGCAAGGGACCAUCGCUGGGAACAAACUUCACGCUGGCCUCGCCCUACACCAUCCUGGCCCACUUCACCGAGCUCGAAUGGGCUGCCCAGUACGGUGUGCGCGCUGAUCUGGUGCGCGUCAGCGUCGGGCUCGAGCCCCGACCCCAGCUGCUGGCCAUGUUCCAAUCGGCACUGGACGCAAUCCCAGCCCCGGCUUCACAGUAG